AUGCCUUCACCACAGCAAUCCCAGCCUGGCAGCUUCUCCCUGUUUCCUAGUCCCAACGCUUCAAAACCACCCCAAAUAUCUCGCAAUAUCCAGGGCCAACGAGGUCGCCGGUCAGAAUCUCAAGAAAGACGAGCACCUACACCGCAAGAUCGUGUUGCCACGCCAGACCACUCUCAAGCACAGCCAAAUGGAAGACAAACGCCUCAGCAGCAUUCAUACACGCCUGUGCAAUUUGAGCCCGUACGACGGGGAACUCCCUCCAACUGGCCGUUGAGUAAUGACAUGCCACAGCAUGAGGACCCCAGGAGACAAGCCGAGACAGUGGCCGGCCCAGCCUCAGUUCAACAGCCUCGAAAUAUAAACGACGUGCCCGGUCGAACAGAAACCGCCUUCUCCGACGCGAAUACUCUUGUACGCAGUAACAGCGGCCGUUCAAGAAGUUCCAUUGCAAAGCACCCUCUUAACGACGAUACCUCCCCGGGGCAGUCUGGCUCACAACCACUACGAUCUAUAUUUCCAACAUAUAACCCGAACGUAUCGCUGAACCAGCAAGAAUACGCACCCACGCAAAUGAGUCCCACUCAUAUCCCUCGCGCAGUCAUCAGCAGACAAUCCGUCUACGAGGAGCCAGACUCCCCAACAGGCGAGGGUUCUUCCGCUCGCAGCCCUCCCACCAGCCCCAGACGUCCAGCGGCAAGAGGGCGCUGGCCGCUGAGGAUACAAACUCAACCUCCGCCGGCGAUUCCCCAGCCCUGCACGACAGACGACCUCAAGAGUCUGUGGAGAGUGGCCAACGGGUGGAAGGCAUCUGUUUCCGAGUCGAAGGUGUUUUGCCUCAAGCUGUCGCAGCAAAGAGAUGCCCCGGUAUAUACACUAUCGUCUGGCACUUCACACCCGUUCUGGAACCUGAGACUAGAUCCUACCUCUGCCUCAGCGUACAUCACCCUUACAAGGCACGAUCCGUCCAAACCAUACAAGGCACCUAAACCCGAGGCGUCCUCUCCUUCGACCCCAUCCGAAAGCAGUGGUAGUCGGUCCUCCGACACAAAGCACUGGUACGAAGCUCUCAAUUCAACGCUGGAAGAAGAAUCCCGGAAGCUCCCACCCAACGAUGGGCUGGUUGCUCUCCUCAUGCCAACGGCAGCCACGAAGAUGGCCCUCGAAAAGGCCGACGACCCAGCUUCCGUCAUGGCCGCGGAGAAUGAGUGUGCUCGUCUAGUCUGGGAUGAAGACACGGCGACACACUUCCUCGUACACAACGCACUAGCCAAGCCGUUUUGUAUUACGGUAGACCGGAAUCCCGCCUAUUCGCGGACUGAAUACACCCUCGAACACAAUGAGUCGCCCAAACACAUCGCGAAGCUGACGAGAGACGGCACAGGCGGCGGGUGGAUCGAAUUGGAUACCGGGGUGGCCGCGCAAAUCGACUCCUUUUACAUCUUGGAUGUGGUAGUCACGGCGUUGCUGUUGGUUUCUGCUGCGGAAGACAGGAAUUCUCCCACGCCAAUGGAGACGUUUGAGCCGCCGCCACCGGCUGUUCUUGCUGCGAAGCGCGAGUCCGGCAGGUUGAGUAAGCUGAGUACUCGGCGUGAGGACAAGAAGAAGAAACGCAAGAUGGAGGAGUUUGAGAUUGAUGUCGAGAGCCAAAAUGAUAGCUUGGGUAAGGGGAGGCGAGCAAGUCAGGCAGCGGAGGACAAGCUGCCCUUUUUUAUACGAGCAGUGGUGAAGAUGGCAAAGGGGCUGUUUAAGUUGGUUAUAUGGGUCUUGACCGUGUUGUUCAAGGUCGUCGGUGGCGUUUUCAAGUGCUUGUAUUCGUGUGUGGGAUCGAAAUAUUAA